AUGACCGCGGACCGGAAUUACGAUGUCGAUUUAGUGAGCACCCAUACUGGCCAGGAGUUGAGAUUCACUAAUAAUCAAAGUGGUCAUCUUAAGCUGCCCAUUAGGAAACAAUCGCUUUUCGAAGAAUUGGUAAUCAUUUCUAUACCCCACCUUAACCACCCCUUGUAUUUAAACCCUCCCUACACCGAAAAUGUUUCAUUUCUUCGCAUUCGUUUAACGGGUGUUUGUCGUGUUAAGCAAAUUAUCUGUGUUCUUUCAACAAUGCGGAAGUCACCAACUUCAAGCUCUUAUACACGUAGCGACGGUCCUCCGUUUGUUGGAAUUCUCUUCUGCCCCGAGUGCAACAAUAUGCUGUACCCAAAAGAAGACAAGGAAACCAAGACUCUUUACUACGCCUGUCGCAAUUGUCCACACAAACAACUUGCCCAGAACAAGUGCGUUUACGUUAACAAGAUCGUGCAAGACGUAGACGAAUUGAGGAAUAUCGUCCCUGAUGUUAUCAAUGAUCCAGCUUUGCCGAGGACUGAUUGCCAUCCAUGCCCUCAGUGUGGUCGUCGAGAGGCAGUUUUUUUCCAAGCCGAUAGCCGAAGAGCUGACAGUGAGAUGAGACUGUAUUAUGUGUGUCGAAACCCAAAGUGCCUUCUUCGGUGGACUGAAUAA